UGCGCACUGAGGACUAUCUUCUGUAUUGAUCUGCCGUGCGUGAUUCCCUCUCGGACUGACAAUUCUGUGGAAUUUUUUUUUCCCCAGGAGACCGCGGAAGGGGAGAGAGCGAAAGGAGACCGGGAGAGGGGUGGGGUGGGGGUCUCCUUUCCCGGUGUUGCGCCAUGACGGCGAACGAGGACCAAGAGAUGGAGUUGGAAGCAUUACGUUCUAUUUAUGAAGGGGAUGAAUGUUUUAGGGAACUUAGUCCCAUUUCAUUUCAAUAUAGGAUUGGUGAAAGUGGAGACCCCAAAGCCUUUCUUAUAGAAAUAUCAUGGCCAGAAACAUACCCACAAACUGCUCCAGUCAUAUCAAUGGAUGCAUUCUUCAACAAUGCCAUAUCCUCAGCCAUAAAACAAAGUAUAUUGAAUAAAUUAAUGGAAGAAGUUGAAGUUAACCUGGGAACCUCAAUGACAUACACAAUAUUUGAAUAUGCUAAAGAUAAUAAAGAGAUUUUCAUGGAAAAUCAACCAGUUAAUACUGUGACAGCAUUAAAUAACUGCAUCUCAACUGGACAUUCUGAUGCAGCACCACCAACUAAAAAAAAGGAGAAAAAGGAACAAUUGUCCAAAACGCAAAAGCGGAAGUUAGCUGACAAAACAGAUCACAAAGGAGAACUUCCUCGAGGAUGGAAUUGGGUUGACGUAAUCAAGCAUCUGAGCAAAACGGGCUCGAAGGAUGAUGAAUAGGAGGACUUUAAUAUAGGAAAACCUUAGCUGAAUCCACAUUGUAAUAACAUUGAUUUCCCCCCCACAAGUUUUAUAAAUAACAGUUCCACACAUGUUGAAAUGUGUUAAAAUGUACCCAUCAAGAGCAUCAUUUUUCUUUAUGAUUUUCGUCCAAUCACAUGUUUUCCUUUAGAGGAAAUAUGUCAAAGGCAGUGUUGAUGUACUUUGUCAUGACACUGACUGUAACAAUAUGUAAUUUUAAUGUAUAUUGUUAUUCACUGUACUAAAUCAUAAAAAUCUUUGGUGGUAAAUGAAAUCAACAUAGCUAAUUUUUGAACACUUAAAAUGCUCUAAAAAUUCUAGACCUCUUAAUCUUUAUAUUUGUAUUUGAAUCCCAUGGUUGAUUCUUAUAUAUUUACUUCAGUAUCAUUUCAGAUACUAUUCAUAGCAUUCAGCCUUUAUUAGAAGGCUGAAAAAUUUUAUUGUAGCUGAUGUUAUGAAAAAUAUGCACCAGCUUAAAUUACAUUAAAAAAGAAUGUAUAGCCCAAUUCAAGUGGGCAUCACUUUUGUGCAUAGCAUAUUCAUUAUCAUAGCAUAUUCAUAAUUAAGAAUUCAUAUUCUUCAGUGUGAAAUAUAAAAUGAAACAAGGCCAUUAGUUACAAAAAACAAUGUGUAGUGACAGUGAUUUCUAUUUUCAUGACAAUUUUGCUAUUACUACAUUGCAUACUAUUGAUGUUCCAACACUGAUGCAUUCAUUCCAUGGCAAUUAGCCCAUACCAAAGAAUUACUCCCCAUUAUUUAAUUGAAAAUUGUAUAUUUGGUGUUCUCUAGAUAAUGCCAGUCAGUAAAAAGAGAAAUAAUAUUCCUUUGGCAUAACUGCUGAUAUAUGAAGAAAAUAAACAGUUACAAAAAUGGUGCCUACAGAUAGGAAAGAAGAAAUUAUCUGAACUCAUAAGACAGAAAUACUGACCCAUUUUUCUGCCUGUUGCUGAACUUCCACAGCCAGUUUCCCUUAUCACUGGCCGUGCUGUUCUUAGCUGCUAGAAAUUAGUAACAUUUAGAGGUUUUAUAUUCUCAUUAUGAAAUAAGCUCCAUUAUAAACAAUUGAAUUUAUUUCUGCAUAGGAUUACAUUAUAUGAAGACUUUCAUAUAAUGCAUAUGACAAAAUAAUUCCUGGCAUUGCUAUUGAAAAUGCCAUUUGUAAUUAUAUUUGUUUUUGCAAAAAAUAAUGGGAUACCGGCUUCAGAUGCUGCCCCACUUUAUUUCAGUUUCAAUUUUUUACUUGGAAAAAUAGAUAUUGUCAUUAGUUUUCAGCCAAAUUAAUAGCUAAGUUGAUACUUCGAUGGAUCAGAUAUCUUGUAUUUGAGGCUUCUCUUUUAUUAGGUCAGUAGUGAUAAAGAACAAGAUGCCUUAAUACAUGUUUUUAAUUGUUGGGAGGGAUUAAAUACAUUUCUAUUUAU